AUGAUAAAUUCGUUCCAUGUUUUGGAUAAUAGUUCAGAAAGUGUUAUCGACUCGGAGGAAGAUAUAGCUUUGAAAACCAUAGAGGAGCAAUGUCAAGACAAGGAAUCCGUUGAGCCGACCUCCCCACCACGUACAUCAACCACCACAUGGAAAACUCCGAAAAAAAAGAAAAGCAACACUUGUAGAAACUUUCUGAACGGAGACUGUAGAUUUGGUUCUUCAUGUAGAUUUUAUCAUCCUCAACAACAACAAGCCUCAAGGCAAAAUAAUACAAAGAAGAGAAAAAAGGCAAACUCUAUUACUUCUUCAUCGGAUUUUGAACCCGAAAAUAAUGCUAGAAACAACUCAAGUAAUCCAUUUGCCAUCAGUAAUAGGAAGUUAUACAUGAUGGAAUUAAGAAGUAGCGAGGAAAAUGAAAAUAUAAUGCAAGAAGAAAAUGAAAAUUCAAGUAGUAAGAAUCAUACCUCUUCCAAUGUACUGAUCAAUUACAUGACUAAGAAGAAACCUAAAAUUCCAAAAGGAUGGGUUCAAACUGAACCACUUGUUGGAGAGUCAAUUCCAAAUACAAUGUUAAUUCCUUUGAAAUGUCCAUUGAGCCCUCAAAUUUAUCCAGCCCCUAACAAUGUCAGCUUGAAAUUAUUAGAAGAAUAUUUUGUGACAACGUAUGGGCAAUGUAUUGGAAUGGUCAUUGAUUUAUGCUGUGUGGAUUACUACCGAAGGAAUGAUGUUCCAUUGGAGAUGAAAUAUCAAUCGUUUUAUAUGAACAUUCAUCAUUUUAACAAGUCAUCUCAUUCGUCCGAGAAUUCCAAAAAUGAAGGUAAUAACUCGUCCAUGAUUAGUGAGAUGGACAAUAUUGUACAAUGUAUUGACAAGUUUAUCGAAGAGAAUCCUCAGCAAUAUAUUUUAAUUCAUUGCACACACGGACUAAAUAGGACAGGGUUUGUCAUUUGCUAUUACUUAUUGAAAAAGAAAAUUGUAAACACAGUGGAGGAUGCUUUGAUACUAUUCAAGACACAUAGAAAAAACAGCUGUGGUCUUUAUAAUCCAUUCUUUAUUGAUUUAUUGUUUGAAAUUUUUGAUCAGACAGAAUCAGACAUGUACCAAAGUAUGAGCUAUCCUGAACCAAUGUCACACUCCAGGAAAAGCAUUAGAGACGAAUUAAAAUUGUACAAACCUUGGAAGAAGCGAAAAGAUGAAAAUGUAUGCAUAUCAACCUAUUCUAUGCUUUCUUUUCUAAGAGAGCAGCAUUUAGUACAGCCGCUAUCAUCAACAACUGAUAACACUGGUGAUGCCGAGAUUUGA